AUGAUGCAGGAAUCCGACAACCCUAGAAAGCAAAAUACGAUGGACAGUUACGAGUUUGACAAAGAGUUCAGCAACGACAGAAUGAAAGGUAUAGAUAUUAGUGGAGGUGGGAUCAACUCAACCAUGACAACAGCAACUCGAUGGUUCACGAGUAUAAUCGGUUCGUUUAAUAUUCCCGAAAAAACGGUUGUAUCAGCUAAGAUCCAACCCGAAGGGAUGCGUAAGAUGCACGCCCUGGCCGCUGAGAAGCUGUUAAACCCUCAUGUGAAGCAAACCUACCAAAUCCACCUUUUGAAGUCUUCUGAUGCUGACUCUCAAUGGAAGGCACUAUCCGUAACCCUGCAAGAUGAUGGGCACCCAGCCUUUGGAAUGGCCCAGUCAACCAGACCUAGGCACCGGAUCUCCGGCAACACCAAAACUGUUCGAAGCUCGGAUAGCUAUUCCCCGUAG